UCCUCUGGGAUUGCGGCCCACGCAUUCUAAUUUCUGAGGUGCACCGGCACUUUUAAGAGCAAUUUGACCGGAUUCUGCACCUCGGACUUCAAUUCACGCGUCGGAGUGCUUUCGUGGCGAUUGUUACAGUGUCCAAGUCGGCCCAGUGAGUAGUGAGAUUGUCGUGGUUUAACGGGCGCAUUUUCGAGAGUGUGAAGUUUUCGGCGGCGAAACCUCUGGUUUGUAGAGUGGGAGGCAUCGAGGGGGGAGAAUUUCAAUGGCGUGUGUUCAGGGGAAGAGUUUUGUAGGCAUUGUUGCGAAGAAUUAUGGAUUGGUAGUGCAAUCGCGUGAGGCGAGUCAUGUGGGAAUGUGUCAGCCUGUAGUCCGAAAAUCCCAGGUAUCGUCUUCGGGCUUGUCCUCCACCUUUGUUGUUCCUUUUUCUGGCGGCAGAAAUGGUGUGCGGAGCACGAAGACGAGAGAGGUUGCCCCUGGUGCAUUUAUUCAAUGCCAGGGGGCACAGCACAAGAAAAGGCCUCAAUACAUUCCCAAUAGAAUCGAUGAUCCCUCGUACGUGCGCAUUUUUGACACUACGUUAAGGGAUGGAGAGCAGUCUCCUGGGGCUACGAUGACGAGCAAGGAGAAACUUGACAUUGCGCGGCAGCUGGCCCGAUUAGGGGUAGACAUUAUCGAAGCUGGCUUUCCUAUUGCUUCUCCUGAUGACCUCGAAGCAGUUCGGCUGAUAGCUAAGGAGGUUGGUAACAAUGUGGAUGACGACGGUUACGUUCCCGUAAUUUGUGGUCUGUCUAGGUGCAACAAGAAAGACAUCGACGCUGCAUGGGAGGCGGUCAAAUACGCUGUUCGGCCUCGCAUUCAUACUUUCAUUGCUACAAGCGAAAUUCACAUGGUUCACAAGCUGAAAAAAUCCCCCGAGGAGGUUGUGCAAAUUGCCAGGGAUAUGGUAGCUUAUGCACGCAGUCUGGGGUGCGAAGACAUUGAAUUCAGUCCUGAGGAUGCUGGACGUUCAGAUCCCGAGUUUUUGUACAGGAUUCUUGAGGAGGUUAUCAAAGCUGGUGCCACUACUCUCAACAUACCAGACACUGUAGGAUACACGUUACCGAGUGAAUUCGGCGGUCUGAUUGCCAAGCUCAAAGCCAACACCCCCGGUGCUGACAAAGUAAUUUUCUCCACCCAUUGUCAGAACGAUUUAGGGCUCGCAACAGCCAAUACCCUGGCUGGCGCACAUGCGGGAGCUCGGCAAGUGGAGGUGACGAUCAAUGGAAUUGGUGAGCGUGCUGGGAAUGCGUCCCUGGAGGAGGUUGUGAUGGCAUUGAGGUGCAGAGGCCAGGAGCGGCUCGGAGGUUUGUACACGGGUCUUAACACAAAGCAUAUUGCAGUUGCCUCCCGAAUGGUGGCUGACUACACUGGUAUGGUCGUGCAACCUCACAAGGCCAUUGUUGGUGCAAAUGCAUUCGCUCACGAGAGUGGAAUACAUCAAGAUGGCAUGUUGAAACACAAAGGGACGUAUGAGAUCCUCUCUCCGGAUGACAUUGGCCUGGUUCGUGCGGAUGCCUCGGGCAUCGUUCUGGGAAAGCUUAGUGGACGCCAUGCUUUGAAGCAGAGGCUGAAUCAGCUUGGUUACGAAGUCGAUGGUCAAGAAUUGGACGACGUUUUCAAGAGGUUUAAGGCUGUUGCUGAGAAGAAGAAGAAUGUCUCAAAUGAAGAUCUGGAAACCCUACUCUUUGAUGAGGUUUUCCAGCCCGAAACCUUGUGGUCUUUAGGUCUCAUCCAGGUAGUCUGCGGCAACGCAGGAAUAUCUACGGCGACGGUAAAGCUUGAAGGACCUGAUGGGGCUCAGCAUAUUGGGAUGUCAGUGGGAACAGGUCCAGUGGAUGCUGCUUACAAGGCCGUGGAUACUAUCGUGAAAGCUCCUGUAACCCUCUUAGAGUACUCUUUGAACUCCGUGACUGAAGGUAUCGACGCUCUUGCUCAUACAAGAGUUCAGAUCAGGGCACUCGACUCUCUCACAGUGACCCAUGCUCAAACAGACUCGCAAGUUCCUCGAACAUACAGCGGAACAGGUGCAUCAGAAGACGUUGUGGUGUCCAGUUGCCGAGCCUACAUUAGCGCUUUGAAUAAAAUGCUUACUUUCAGAGCAGCUAAAAAGCAACCCAUAGUUGGUCUCAGGAGUGAGGAGCAGACAGCAGGAGUUUCUCAGUAAUCAUCAACGUUCAGUUUUGUUCUAAAGGUCAUCUUAGAAUUAACGAGUUCUUGAUUAUUAGCCUUGGUGGUUUUCCCUAGAGUUCAUUUCUGUUCAAUAGAUUGUGACAGCAUUAGGGGAAGUUCAUUCUGAAGAUACGGCUCCUAGGUGAUGUUCAAUUGAAGAUCUUUACCAUCUCUCCGGAAAACCGAUAUUGUAAUAUGAUUAUCCAGAAAACAUGAUUACUGGUUGCUCAUGCUAACAGUA